AUGCGUCGCGUAGCUGUGAGAGCCUUCCGGACUUCUUGUCAAAGCGCCGCCCGGGGCCUGUCCAGAGGCUGUCGCACGCGACGCCUCAGUCUGCUCGUCCAGCACCAGCACGGCAGCGCUGGGCUGAGGUUGAGCGGCAUACGGUCAUUCAACACUUCUUCGUCGCCCUCGCCCUCGCCAUCGUCCUCGUCCCCCAUCGCUCCCAAGUGCUCGUCGACGCCCCCGCAGCGAAGCCACCACAAUCACCAGCACCAACAUGCUCUAGGCCAGCCGCUGCGCUCCUCCAUGUACAUUCGACGAUUCUCUGUCGCUCUGGUCGGUGGCCUCGUUGGCUACGGCGCCUGGCAGUACGGUUACCGAGGAAACACAACCGAAUCCGCUCUUUCCUACUCGACCAACAGUGCGAAGACCGCCGCCGGCAACGCUGCGACAACCCGCAACGUGCUCGUCGUUGGGGCUGAUGAGAUCCACACCGGCACCUUUGUGGGCGAGGGGCCGAUAGCCAAGACCGCCGACGGUACCGGACACAACGUCUUGGAGAUGCUGACCCCGGAUCAGGCCACCGAGAAGCUUCGGGACAACGAGGCCUCCUUCGUCGUGAACAGGGGCCAGGGCGUCUUGCGCUACGACCACGCCCAGCUGGCCAGCAACAACCCUAUCGAGGAUGACCACGCCGAAAAGAUUGUCGAGGUCUCCAUGCCCUCGGCAGGGAAGUCGGACCAGGAGAUCAACGACUGGAUGUUUUGGGGCGUCUUUGACGGCCAUGCCGGAUGGACAACCUCAGCAAAGCUGCGCCAGACCCUUAUCAGUUUCGUAGCUAGAGAGCUUAACACCACCUACAAGGCCGCGCACACCCUGGGUGCUGCGCCCUCGCCUGACGCCAUUGACGCCGCCAUCAAGCUCGGCUUUACUCGCUUGGACAAUGAGAUUGUCCAUGACAGCGUGGAUAAGGUCCUGAAGUCAAACUCCAAGAGAGUAGCUGCCGAGCUGCUGGGUCCCGCUCUGUCUGGAUCGUGCGCGCUGCUGUCCUUCUACGAUGCUGCCUCCAAGACCCUCCGUGUCGCCUGCACCGGAGACUCUCGUGCAGUUCUCGGUCGGCGUAGCGACUCUGGCAAGUGGACAGCCACUGCCCUUUCAGAGGACCAGACUGGGAGCAACCCCAAUGAGGCAGCUCGUAUGCGAAAGGCUCACCCUGGUGAGGAACGCGUCAUACAUAACGGCAGAGUGCUUGGUGGCCUUGAGCCUACCCGAGCUUUCGGUGAUGCGAGCUACAAGUGGAGCAGGGAGAUCUCCGACCGACUUCGAGCCUCAUUCUUCGGACGCAGCUACUCGCCGCAUCUGAAGACCCCGCCCUACGUCACCGCUGAACCCGUCGUUACUACAACCAAGAUCCAGCCUGAAAAGGGCGAUUUCCUGGUUAUGGCCACCGACGGCCUUUGGGAGAUGUUGACCAACGAGGAGGUGGUCGGCCUGGUGGGCAAGUGGAUCGAAACCCAGGUCCAAGAGCAGUCCAACUCGCAAUUCAACUCGGUCUGGUCCAAGAUCUUUGGCUCGCAGCAAGGUCUCCCUGUGGAGGCUCACAAGGGCGGCCACGGCGCCGAUGGACAGAAGACCCCCAUCCGCCUACGACAGUGGGGCAUCUCACCUGACGAGAAGGAGAGGUUCGUCGUCAAGGACAAGAACGUUGCCACGCAUCUCGUCCGCAACGCACUUGGCGGCAAGAACGAGGAGCAAGUCUGCGCACUAUUGACACUUGUGUCGCCCUUCUCCAGACGAUACCGCGACGACCUUACGAUCCAAGUCAUCUUCUUCGGCAACGGCCAGAAGACCGGCGAGGUCCUCCUCAACCAGGAGGCCACCAGCCCGCCCAAGUCAUCCGCCCUGAAGGCCAAGCUCUGA